CUCCACGAGUUCCGGGCCCGAGCUGCUGGGCCCGCGCAGAGGCCCGGGGCGUGGGCGUGCGGACACCUUGCAGGCCCAGAGGUCUCCGGCCGCUGGACCUCGCCGCCUCCCCCGCGGGGAACCGGGAGGUGUCCUCUUGCCGCAGAGAAAUGAGACCCGAAAUUAGAACCGGGGAAGCCCUGAGCUUUCCCGCUCCUCCAGCCAGCUCAUGUGUCUUGGAUCGGAUGAACUAUAACAUUAAAAAGAUAGAUUAUCUUACAGCUCGGCUCGUUUUAGGAUGGUGGGUUACAUUUUGAGUUGCAGAGUAUAUCACAGGCGGUUAAAAUUGGGUUACCUGAGGCCGCUGCCUCCAGGCUCACGUCCCUCACCGCGUGGCCGCUGCUGGGGGCGGGGCGGGGGCGAGCUUUAAAGAUUUGAGUCCGCCCUGAGUUCCUGGACCAGGGCCCUUGCUCUGUUCCAGGUCCUCUGCCACGACCCCUACCUGACUGGGGCUCGAGUGCAGUCCCUUCGUGCCCAUAUUUCAUAAACGACGUUGAGAAAGCUAUGUGAGACCAUUUUAAGAAGAUCCAUUCCUCUGUAAUGAAGAAGUAUGAAAAAAUUGGGAAAAUUGGAGAAGGAUCCUACGGAGUUGUUUUCAAAUGCAGAAACAGGGACACGGGUCAGAUCGUGGCCAUCAAGAGGUUUCUGGAAUCAGAAGAUGACCCUGUCAUAAAGAAAAUCGCCCUUCGAGAAAUCCGCAUGCUCAAGCAACUCAAGCAUCCCAACCUAGUCAACCUCCUGGAGGUCUUCAGGAGGAAGCGGAGGCUUCACCUGGUGUUUGAGUAUUGUGACCACACAGUUCUCCAUGAGUUGGACAGAUACCAAAGAGGGGUACCAGAACAUCUUGUGAAGAGUAUAACUUGGCAGACACUGCAAGCUGUAAACUUUUGCCAUAAACACAAUUGCAUACAUAGAGAUGUGAAGCCUGAAAAUAUCCUUAUUACAAAACAUUCAGUGAUUAAGCUUUGUGACUUUGGAUUUGCUCGGCUUUUGACUGGACCAAGUGACUACUACACAGACUAUGUGGCUACCAGGUGGUACCGCUCCCCAGAGCUGUUAGUGGGGGACACACAGUAUGGACCUCCUGUGGAUGUUUGGGCAGUUGGUUGUGUCUUUGCUGAACUGCUAUCAGGAGUGCCUCUAUGGCCAGGGAAAUCAGAUGUGGAUCAACUCUAUCUGAUUAGGAAAACCUUGGGAGAUCUCAUCCCUAGACACCAGCAAGUAUUUAGCAUGAAUCAGUACUUCAGUGGGGUGAAAAUUCCAGACCCUGAAGAUGUGGAACCACUUGAGUUAAAAUUCCCAAACAUCUCUUAUCCUGCCCUGGGGCUCCUAAAGGGUUGCCUCCACAUGGACCCUGCUGAAAGACUGACAUGUGAACAGCUGUUGCAGCACCCAUAUUUUGACAGCAUCAGAGAAGUAGGGGAUUUGACAAAAGAACAAGACAAACCAACAAGGAAGACUUUAAGACAGAGCCGAAAGCACCUGCCUGGGGUAAAAAUGGUGCACUGCUUUACAGAAACAACCAAGUUGCAGUACUUACCUCAGCUUACUAGCAAUAACAUCCUUCCAGCGUUGGAGAAUAAGAAGUACUACUGUAAUACCAAGAGAUUUAACUAUCAUUUUCCAAACAUUUAAGAAGCUAGGAAAUUGGUGAUAAAGGAAGAAGUGACCAAUAAGUUGAAGAAAAGAAAACUUACACAUUUAGUUAAAAGCAAGCACAGUGUUGAAAACACCCCAGGAGAAAAUAUAAACAACUGGGAAGCCACUUGGCAAGAUAUGAAGGGAAAUUCCAGAUUCAGUCUUCCAUGCGUGAUGAUGGUGUCCAGAAUAGAAAAAAAAAAAAAAACUUGGAGUUUCACUUAUAUUUUUGUUUAUCUAAGAAGCUGAGCUUAUGGACAGAAUAUAAACUAUAUCCACUGCCCAUACUUCUAGAAAAAUUAGAUGAUGUCAAAAAGAUUUAUGCUUUAGUUAUACUGUAUGCCACAUAUGAAAAAUGAAUUACAAAAUGCCCAUAUGUAUUUCCUUGGAUCUCUGUUGCCCCGAGUCCUAACUUCUGUCUUGCAGAUAGUUUGACAUCAUAUGUAAGCAGAGUUGUAGUUCUUGAAAUCAAAAUGUUUAAAAUUCCAUUUCCUGCUUGCUCUGUCUCUUGAUUUUUGUUUUAAUUUUUUUUAAGUUAUUCAAAGUAUUUAAAAUCUUAUGGUUUAUUAUAAAGAUUUUGUGAUUGCCUGUA